AUGCCGCGGAGCCCCUGCCCAGUCCCACCAUCCUCCCCCUUCCUUCUUCCACAUCGACGCCAUCGGCGCACCAGGUGCCGCCGCCGACGGUUCGGCCUCUCGGAGAGCGGCCACCUGACGCGGGGCGACCGCGUCCGCGUCGAUGGCCGACGGAGGAGCGACAUCGAGCGCCGUCGCUGGAGGCCGCUUCGAGGGGCGGCCGGCGAGCGCCGCGGGCGGGGCGUGGGCCCUGCUCUCGACGGCGCACUCGGCGCUGGGUCAUCGGCCAGUUCAGCUACCCGGAUCAGGAGGACGCGCUGCUGUGCCAGCGCCUCGUCCGCCGCACCGGCCGGCGCCGCGGGCCGGCUCGUUCCCCGCCAACGCCGUCGAACGGCGCGCCUCGUGCCGCGGCCUUCUUCCGCGCGGCCGCAGGUUCGGCCUCGCGGCGAUUGGCGGGCGGCGUCGACUGCAUUCGGCCGCAUCGACGCGGGGCGACGGGGAGCGCGUCGGUGGCCGGCGGUGGCGCGGUGUGCAGAGCGACGGCGAGCGCCGCCGCUCGAGGUUGCUUCGAGGGCGCAGCGGCAUGGACCGGCCGCGAGCGCGGCGUACGGGGCGUGGCCCCUCCUCUCCGUACCCAAGGCCUUGUGCCUGGCACGGAGGCUGCCGAAGACGGUGUCGGCGGAGAUGGGCGCGCUGCCGCGCCAGCGCUUCGGCCGCGUCGGCUCGUUCGACGUCGAAGCUCCCGAUGUCCCGAGUUUUGACAUCCAGCUUCAGAGACUCCAUCUCCACCAAGUGUCCGAGUGCCUCGUGUCCUCGGAUGUUUCAUCAGUUACAGGGCCUGACAGUGGGUUGCUGAGGACAUUGGAGGAUGUGAUAUCCAAAAACAAGAAAUUCAGGAGGCAGUUGAGCUACCAUUGACACACCAUGAGUUGUACUGCUCUAUGGUCCUUCAGGCACUGGCAAGACCAUGCUUGCUAAAGCGGUGGCACAUCACACUACUGCUGCUGGUUCAGAGUUUGUGCAGACGUACUUGAGUGAGCUGAAGAGAAUGCCCCGGCUAUAAUAUUCGUCGAUGAGAUUGACGCUAUAGCUAGUGCUCGGUUCGAUGCUCAUACUGGGGCUGACGAGAAGUUCAGCGUAUUCUGAUGGAGCUACUCAAUCAGGUUUCCAACUCAAGGUACCAUUGGUCGAACUCAAGAUGUCGUUGUGGAUCAAGGACCACCUUGAGACUUCAUCUACGCUGAAGAAGCUACUUUUGAUGCUUGUUCUCUAUGGUACUUCUAUGGUGAUAGUGGAUGGUGUUGUCACACCAGCAAUGUCAGGUUCAUAUAUUUCUGUUGCAUUGUUCGUCGUAUUUCUCUUCACCCAGUCUUAUGAUCUUACAUAUUUGCUUUCAGCAGUACCAUUGUGUUACCAGUUUUCGUCUUCUCACAGUAUUACUUGCAUUUUUUUUCCUCUCGGUAAAAUCUGCAGUGAUAACUGCUGUCAAUGGCUUGAAGGUUGGAAUAUCUAGUCUUAAUGAAGGUGACCUUGAAUAUGUUGGUUGAUAUUAACCGGUUAAAUAGAAAAAUGUGUUACUGCAUAGAAGUGCAGGAUAGUCACCUUCUAUUUUGAUUUAUUUUUUCCGCGUUUCUAAUUGUUCUCGAGUCUGUAAAGGUUUGGAACAUUCAAAGUCGGGCUUGCUGUUGGACGUGCCUUGUUCAUAUGGUUUUGCUGCCUUUCUGGGAUAGGAGUUUAUAAUAUAUGAUACAGAAGUAUUACGCGCAUUGGGUCCUAUAUAUAUCUACUACCCUUUUGAAUGAAACCCAACUCAAGCUUGGAUGUCUCCCUGCGGCUGCCUUUUAUGUUCAACAUGUAUGCUUUUUGACCAUAUUCUUAAUGUUAGUUGUGAUUAAACUUCUUUGAAGUUCUCUAAGAAUGUGUUUGCUUCAGGUGCAUAGUUUUUGCUUGACUUAAAUAUAAAAUUAGUUACUGUCUGUCAAGUCCUUUCGUUUUUCUUCUAUAGGAACUCUGAAACUCAUAAAUAUGUUGAGUACAUUUGUGGUGUUACUAAACAUAACUAGACCACUUGUUCUUACUAGUAACUGCGCCUCAUGCAAUGCACGUCAUGACCAAAUUCAACAUCUUGCAUCAGAUUGUGGAACCUCUGUCUUAAAUGCCAUGUGCCUCUGGAUUUGAUAUUAUGGAAAAGAGAAAACUAAUUUCGAGAUAUAAGACACUCACGCUAAAACUACUAUUUCGAGAUAUGUGCCACUCAUGCUUCUAUCUUACUAUGAUACUAAAACUAUUUGCAUCGUCACCAACAUGAGGCAUUUCUGAAACUCAGGUCCUCACAGAGAUCCUAGAAAGAUUGAAAUGGUUUCCCCCCUCUUAUAUUUAGAGUCAGCAUCCAGUAUAUUCACAGGCCACUUAGUUAAUAGUUAAAGCUACUUCAACUUAAGAUUAGAGGUCAAACAUCAGGGCAAAUAGAUUAGAGAAUAGUACUUUUCCUUGAGCUUUAUGUUUAGUAAUGAUUGUUCUGUAUAUUUGGCAGGAGGAAUAUUUGCUUUAUACUCUCUAAUACUAUGCAGGAAUGCAAAGGCUAGCCUGCUCCCUAAUUAACUGCUCUCUGAGAUGCAGACUAAGGCAUAGCCUAGUGGUGGGAAGGGGCUGCUGAUGCCUUCCCACCCAAACAGGUUCAAGGCACGGUACUUGCAAUUUGGGUUUGUUGCACCAAUUAUGCUGUAGGGGGUUCCCUUACAGUCUUUCUGUCAAAAAAAAAAAAAAACUGCUCUCUGAGACCCGUAUAUCAGGUUUCCAGCUCAAGGUACCGUUGGUAGAACUCAAGAGGUCUUUGUGGAUCAAAGAGCACCUUGAGACUUCAUCUAUGCUGAAGAAGCUACUUUUGAUGCUUGUUCUUUUUUGUACUUCUGUGGUGAUAGCGGAUGGUGCUGUUACACCAGCAAUGUCAGUUUCAUAUACUUCUGAUGCAUUGCAUAUUUGCUUUCAGCAGUAGUAUUGUGUUACCAGUUUUCAUCUUAUCACAGUAUUAAUUCCAUUUUUUUCCUGUAGUUUAAGUCUGCUGUAGAUGGCUUGAAGGCUGGAAUAUCUAGUGUUAAUGAAGAUGACCUUGAUAAAAAGAUGUAUUACUGGCUUAAUGCUUAGAAGUGCAGGAUGCUCACCUUCUAUUUUGAUCUUUUUUGUCAGGUGAAGUGGUCAUGACGUUGCAUUUCUCGUUGUUCUAAUCAGUCUGCAAAGGUUUGGAACAUGUAAAGUUGGCUUGCUGUCUUUUUGGGACAGGAAGGGGCUGCCUUUUAUGUGAAACAUGUUUUUUUUUUACCUGUUGAUGUGUUAGUUGUGAUGAAACUUAUUUGAAGUUCUCUAAAAAUGUAUUUGCUUCAGGUGCAUAUUUUUGUUUGAGUGACAUAAAAUUUGUUACCGUCUGUCAUGUGUCCUUCUGUUUUUUCUCCUAUAGGAUUCCAAAACUCACAAAUAUGCUGAGCGCAUUUGUGGUUUUAGUAAACAUAAUUAGACCUUUUGUUCUUACCAGUAACUGUGCCACGUGGAAUGCGCUUGAUGACCAAAUUGGGCACACCGCAAGCACAAGAAUUUGAAGGCAUCCUCUCUGCUGAGUUCAUAUUGUGGAACCUCUGUUGUUAACAUUAAAUGUCAUGUACAUCUGUAUUUGACAUCAUGGAAAAGAGAACUAAUUCCUUUCAUUGCUAACAAAUUUAACUCAUUAUUGCUAAAAUUAUUAUUUCGAGAUAUAAGCCAAACACGCUUCUGUUUUACUAAGAUACAAAACGAUUUGCAUCAGUCAACAAUAUGACGCAUUUCUGAAACCUCAGGUCCUCGCAGAGAUGCUAGAAAGAUUGAAAUGGUUUCCCCCCUGUUAUAUUUUGAGUCAGCAUCCAGUAUAUUCACAGGCCACUUAGUUAAUAGUUAAAGCUACUUCAACUUAAGGUGAGAGGUCAAACAUCAGGGCAAGCAAAUGAUGCUCUAGUGAUUUUGGAUUUACUAUCCAUUUAAUAAUCAGUACUAUGGGUUCUGCGUUAGUAAAGUAUGUAAAGAGAGGGUAAUCUUGAAUCCAAAUUAAUGGCAAAUUCUGUAAGAGGAUAUUACUGGAAAUAAUCAUCACCUAGAAAAAUGUAAGAAUCCUCUCUAAUGUUGUGUUGCAUAGACCCUACAAAUAGUGUGGACUUUAUGGACACUCUCAUCACCCAGUGUACGAUAUGAACGAUAUUAGCCUUUGCAAUACAUAAUAUAUGUGAUUCUACAUUUACUUACCUUAGGUUGGAAGUAAGUAGAUCUUAAGCAUUGAGUAAAGUUUGUAGCGUAGAUAUUUACAAGAUUGGUUUUUCUGCAGAGGAUCCGAGGCAAUGUUUGCUGAUUUGCUACUCUGUUAGAUCAGUUCAACUAGUCUAUCAGUUCAGUUUGUCUUUUGCACUGCUGAGGGCUCCAUGUUGCACUUCCAACACCUAGUUGAGAACUUACUAUUGCUCAUAUGGUGCAGCUUACCUUUGCAUGUCUUGUCCUUCCAUGCCUUCUACUGGGUUACCCAGGGCAAACUGCAGUUUUUGUGGAGAACUUGACUGAAAAUGAGAAGACCUUCUGUCUAUCCCGAGCAUAGCCGAACUUGGGGUCAUGAUGAUCACUACCAUAUUGGUGACCAUCAUAGUGCUUCUGAUAUGUGGCAGGUCAACAUCAUUGUCGAUCUAUGCUUUCUCAUCAUCCUCCUAUGCCUGCAGCUAUUUUUCUUUUCUUCAGUUAUAGGGAGUGUAGGAGAUGGUAGUUGGGUUCUUUUGAUAUUUGCGGCUAUAUGUACAGAAGGACUAUGGGACCAAGUUGAAGUACGAAACUGACGUUAGGCAAAAAAAUAAAAAUCGGUGGAUUUAAUGA